GGCCACUUGGCCGCUCGCUCGGGGCUCGGCCGCCUCCCGGGGCUCUCGGAGGCCGGCGCUGGGCGCGGGGAGGAGGGAGCGCGGCGUCCCGAGGGCCGCGCCGAGCUGGGCGGGGACCUGCGAGCGGAGACCGGGCGAGGGUCGGGGCGAGGGGACCGGCGAGCGGGGCGCGGGGUCCCGGGCGUCGGGCGGGCACCGGCGAGCGGGGCGCGGGGUCCGGGGCGGGGUGCGCGCGUGCGGCUGUGCACGCUCGUGGCCUUGGCGACGCCGAGCGAUGGAGCCCUCGUGGCCCGUUUGAAGCGCUCACCGCGUUCACCCGCUCGUCUGGCUUUCCAUUGGCGAAGAUUCCUUUUCUCAAGUGCGAAGGAGAAGCAGCGGCGGGAGAAAAGAAAAAAGAAAAGAAAAGGAAUAAUUAUAAAGCAUUGAGCUAGCCAGGUUUAACUCUGUUGCAGCCAUUAGAGUAACGGCACAGCCAGCAAGAUGAACGGGGCUUUGGAUCACUCGGACCAGCCAGACCCAGAUGCCAUUAAGAUGUUCGUCGGGCAGAUCCCCCGGUCCUGGUCGGAAAAGGAGCUGAAAGAACUUUUUGAGCCUUACGGAGCCGUCUACCAGAUCAACGUCCUCAGGGACCGGAGUCAGAACCCUCCCCAGAGUAAAGGUUGUUGUUUCGUAACAUUUUAUACAAGAAAAGCUGCACUUGAGGCCCAGAAUGCACUGCACAAUAUUAAAACUUUACCUGGGAUGCAUCAUCCCAUUCAGAUGAAACCUGCAGAUAGUGAAAAGUCAAACGCUGUGGAAGACAGGAAAUUGUUCAUAGGAAUGGUUUCAAAGAAAUGUAACGAGAAUGACAUCAGGGUGAUGUUCUCCGCGUUUGGUCAGAUAGAAGAAUGCAGGAUCCUCCGGGGGCCCGACGGCCUGAGUCGAGGCUGUGCGUUUGUCACAUUUUCUACAAGGGCAAUGGCACAGAAUGCAAUCAAAGCCAUGCAUCAGUCUCAGACCAUGGAGGGCUGCUCUUCACCUAUCGUGGUGAAGUUUGCGGACACUCAGAAGGACAAGGAGCAAAGGCGCCUCCAGCAGCAGCUGGCACAGCAGAUGCAGCAGCUCAACACUGCCACCUGGGGGAACCUGACGGGUCUGGGCGGACUGACCCCACAGUACCUGGCGCUUCUGCAACAGGCCACCUCCUCCAGCAACCUGGGCGCCUUCAGCGGCAUUCAGCAAAUGGCUGGCAUGAAUGCUUUACAGCUGCAGAACCUGGCGACCCUUGCUGCCGCUGCAGCCGCGGCCCAGACCUCAGCCACCAGCACCAAUGCAAACCCUCUCUCUACCACGAGCAGCGCCCUGGGAGCCCUCACGAGUCCCGUGGCUGCCUCAACCCCUAACUCCACUGCUGGUGCAGCUAUGAAUUCCUUGACCUCUCUUGGGACUCUGCAAGGAUUGGCUGGAGCCACUGUUGGACUGAAUAAUAUUAAUGCACUAGCAGUUGCUCAAAUGCUCUCAGGUAUGGCGGCUUUGAAUGGAGGACUUGGCGCCACAGGCUUGACGAAUGGCACGGCUGGCACCAUGGACGCCCUCACCCAGGCCUACUCAGGAAUUCAGCAGUACGCGGCUGCCGCGCUGCCCACUCUGUACAGCCAGAGCCUGCUGCAGCAGCAGAGCGCUGCAGGCAGCCAGAAGGAAGGUCCAGAGGGGGCAAACCUCUUUAUUUACCACCUUCCACAGGAGUUUGGAGACCAGGACAUUCUGCAGAUGUUCAUGCCUUUUGGGAACGUCAUCUCUGCUAAAGUCUUCAUUGACAAACAGACCAAUCUGAGCAAGUGCUUUGGCUUUGUGAGCUACGACAAUCCAGUGUCAGCACAGGCUGCCAUCCAGGCUAUGAAUGGCUUUCAGAUCGGCAUGAAACGCUUGAAGGUGCAGCUGAAGCGCUCCAAAAACGACAGCAAACCUUACUGAUCCUCCCGAGGCUCCCUGCUCUCAUGUUAGCUUUCUUAGGGUAAGUCCCACAAGCCAGCCUGCUCUCAACAGGGGAGGCAGAGGAGGACCACACGGCCAACUUUUACCAAGAGAGACGGUUAUUUUUACAAUAAGGCCUCCAUUUCCCCACCCAUCCCCCCACCCAGUUUGCCAUAAUUAAAACCUGGGCUACCUUGUUUCUAUUGAGUGAAUUCCUCCUCCACUUGUGCCACUGUAUAUUCCUUUGUUUUGCAAAUUGAAUCUUUUUUUUUUUAAUUUUUUUUGAUGUUGUUUUUGCUUUUUUAAAGAAAAACAUAACACACAAAUGACAUCUCGCGAGAAUUUAAAAGCAAACAAACGCUAAUGUGCAAUUCUAACUCUGAAACCACGGGUGCCCCAGAGUACUGCCUGGAGAAUGCCCUCCCUGUCCGGCGCCCACCACUCCAGGGCCCUGGCCUUGGAGGGGACCGUGGUGGCCUAGAGAGGGAGGAGCCAGGAGAAGCACUUAAAACAACAUACGUCUUUCCACUACAUUGAUUUUUAGGGUUCAAAGAAAUAUGACAUUUAUUCGUCAGAUGAUUACACUGGUGGUCUAUUUUGUUAUUGUUUUAUUUUAGUUUUUAGAAAGGAUUAAUGUAAAAAAAAGAUUUAGAGAUCUGUUUCUUAAAGCUACAGGGUUUAAAAAUAAAAUAAAAAUGAGUGAAAAUACUUGAUGUUUCUUGAAAGAUAAAUUUAAUAAUAAUAAAUAAAUAAAAAGAAAGCCACAGGCCUGUAAAUUUUAUUUGUAAAAAAAGCAUUUCUAUUUUUAUACAAAAUUUUUACUGCCUCAGAAAUAAUGGAAGUUAUUUAUUGCCUAUUGUUAACUUAUUGGGUACCUAAAGAGCAGUUCUCUGUCUAGCUAGAAACUUCUGAAGUAGUCUCUAGAGGAAUUGUUCCAGGAAUGGGCUUUUUUUCACCGUUGAACCCUAGACCUAAAGUUCAUGCUUACCCUCUCGUUGUUCGUAUCUGUCUAAUUAGUUUGUUCGUAACUUCCAUUAUCUAGUUUACAGUUCAGUCGUCCGACUCUCCCCCCAUAUGUCACAUUUGUUGAAACUGGACCUUCUCCCCUGUCCUUUGCCCGUCUCUUACCCCAAAACACCGGAAUCCAUCCCCUUGGGCUCUUUCCAGAUGGAUUCUCUUGGGGUUUCAUUGUGCUGUGGAUUAAGAGUGUAAGAAAUGCAAAUUAUGUGAAUGGCUCGUAGACUCCCUAAUGACCUAAGAUUUGCAUUAAUUUCUCUCCUGCACCCCUAAAAGUGAUGGUGUUGCUGCUGCAUAAUCCUGUGUAACUUUUUACUCUCCCUGUUUUUUCCCUAGACAUCUUCAUGCCCGUUAGUUCAUCGUCUGCCUAGCAUGUCCCUGUGGCGUCUCAAACAAAGUUUCAUCGUCCCGUCAUUGUUUCUGAUGUCUUUCUGACCUCACAUCACAUUUGGUUCUCCUACUGACUUUUGAUCUAGUUUGACCUUUGAAAUUUGCAUGUGACCUCAUCUAGCUAUGAAUUCUGGGAAGUCAAUGUGAAAAACAUUGCUGCAUUCAUGCAAGACUGAAAUUUAUUAUUAGACAAGUUAACUAUAGAAAAAAACAACCUGUGGCAAAAACGUUUCUUUCUUAUUAUUUUUUUUUCUUUUCAUAAAACAGACUUGAAAGUAUUAUACAGGGAUUGGCAUUCUUCCCGGUCACUGGUAACAAUAGCAAUAUGUGUCCAGGGACACAGAAUGUUGGUUUCUAACAGACUACUUCCAAAAACAGUUUGAGAAAAAAAAAAAAAAAAAAACUGUCUGAUUUUAAGUCUCUAGAGGUCUGUAAUAGUUUUUACAUUUUUCAGGCAGUGUAAAGUUUUUUGAUAAGGCCAUUUUAGGUGGCUCACUUUCUCAUUAAGAUAUAUAUAUAUAGAACCACUUUUUGUAGAUUAGUAUAAGAAAAAUAUUUACCCUGUUUUGGGGCAAAUGCUACCUAUUUGUGUCACCUUUUGCUGAACUGACUCACAGUUAGACAAUCCAUGGUUUAAUGCACAUGAAAUUACCUAUAUUUUAUACUGUUUCAAUGUACAGGAGAAAGGUUACUGUAAACUGUUGUUACGUUGGUGCUUCUGUGAAUUAAGUUGUGGUUUCAUCAUGAGUCUUACGGUCUUAAUGUUAUUUGUUGAUAAGACAAGUUUAGAAUUGGUUUACUUAAAACAAAAAAUUUCAAAAAAAAAAAAAAAGUUUGCUUAAAAAAAAAUUUCAUGUGAGGGGGGAAAAAAAAAGAACUAUUCCAGAGUAAGUUUUUUGUGUUGGCUUGUGAAGCAUUGAUGUCAUUUUUUUUUAAUUGUGGACUAUUUUAGAUGUGUUUGUGUUCAGCAAAAUGUGAUUUUUUUUUUCUUUUAAAGAAAAAAAGUGAAAAUAUAUAGUGCCAAAUUCCAAAGGUACUUCCUUCCUAGAGCUUCAGUGUGUUUCUUGUGAGAAGUAAUUUGAUAACAUGGGUAUUUUAUUAUGUGUUUUGUAUAAAUCCCUAAUAUUUAAAAAACAAAAAAACAACAAAAAAAAAGGUUUAAAAGUUUGUUAACUUGC